AUGGAUCCUCCCUCAAAUCCGCUCCGCGGAUUUUUGAACAGAAAAACUCCGACUCUUACGUGCGCUAUCAACCGAGGUACCACCAGUGUCAACCCGGAUUGGCCGGAAUUGGGAACGAUCAGCCGAUGGACAGACUUCACUCAGAAGAACAUCGAGGAUGCUUAUGGACACAUCCUAAACAGGGAUAUGGGAUCCCUUUCACCGCCAUCUCUGACCGAGCAGCUUGACGAAGGCGAACUGGAGCUCAGAACGCAGCGCGACUUUCAGGACUUGGUUGACCGCAACAUCAAAGUCCUUCAAGACGCCUUGGUGGAAGGAAAGGACAGGCUCGGGGCCUACGCUGGAGCGACUCUGAAACAGGGCUGCAGGGAGCACCCGGUGCGAUCCAACAACGGUGGUUUAUCCUGGCCCGACCACUCGAUUUACCUGGACGAGUCCCCACCCAUCAUCCUUGUCAUUGGGCUAUGGAAGGCCCUGCAGACCUUACUGCAGACCUUGCGAUAUGGUGGUUGGCUGUGAUGGGG